AUGGUGUCGACUAAGUCGCUGGUCGCCUCAUGGCGACUGUAUGCUAUUGUCGCGACUGGGCUGACCGGCCUGGUACGCACAAGUCCAUCAGUCAACGUCGCUCUGCAGGCAUCAUUUGAUUCGGCGCCGUAUCUUCUGGAGCUUCUAGAAACAGCCGCAGAAGAAAACACAACCGCCUACUUCCCCAUCCUCGACCGCAUCGCCGACGGUACCUUCGACGACCUAUCAACAGACCAAGACCUCUACGAGCGAUUCUUGAAAAUCGUCCACGAUGAUGGGCACCUCAGAACCCCCGAAAGCCUUUCCUCGUUCAAGCUGUCGCUGGCAGUUCGGUCGGCGGCUCCACGGAUCUCGGCCCAUUACCAGUUCUACAAUACGUCUGUCCAGCAUUCGUUGAUGGCGGCGCAAGACGCGGCGUGUCCGAUGUGGGUGCAUUACGAUGGAAGUCAGUAUUGCUCGUCUGCUAUGGAGAGAGCGCAGCAGGAUGUUGAGGGGGAGUCGAACUUGCGAGUGCUCCCGUUUGAUCGCGUCUUUGGUGAUGAGUCGUUGCCGCCUGCUGUGUUGUAUGCGGAUAUUGCUUCGCCUAUGUUCAAGGAGUUCCAUCAGACGAUGACUGCUCUUUCGAAGGAGGGGCAGUUGUCGUAUCGUGUGCGCUAUCGACCACCGCAGCAUUGGGCUUCGCGUCCUCUCUAUGUGUCUGGAUACGGAGUGGAGCUUGCGUUGAAACGGACAGACUAUAUCGUUGUUGACGACCGUGAUGCUAAGCAGAGAGGUGAAAAGGAUAUCGCACCAGGCACAGAGGGUAAGGAGGACUCUCCAGACGACCUCAAGCCGUUGUCCUCUUCCGAGGUGGACCGUCUCGGUAAGAACACCGUCAGCUACGUGAUGGACAGCGACACUCCACUGGACACACUGGUGAAGCUAUCCCAGGACUUUCCCAAGUACUCCGCCCAUGUAGCAUCUCACAAUGCCACCGGCGAGCUUUUGGAGGAUAUCCGCGAGAAGCGUGGUCGCAUGCUUCCACCAGGAGCAAACCUUAUGUGGAUCAACGGCGUUCAGAUGCACCCGAGCAAGAUUGAUGCAUUCACCCUCUUGGACCACCUGCGUCGGGAGAGAAGACUGAUUGACAAGUUCCGGGACCUUGGAAUACCUGCUCAGGAAGCUGUAGACCUGCUCUCUCAUCCAUUGCUGGGCGAGGCGCUCGUGCAGGAUACAGCACAGCGUUUUAAUUACAAUGAUGAGAUUGAAGGCGGCAGCGUUAUUAUCUGGAUGAAUGACAUCGAAAAAGACGCGAGAUAUGAGCAGUGGCCGGAUGAGAUCCACGCGUACCUACAACGCUCGUAUCCUGGCCAAUUGCCUGCCGUGCGCCGGAACCUGCACCACGCUGUUUUCUCGGUUGAUUUGACCGAUGCCCAAGACAUUCAACUUGUAAUUGAACCCAUGCAAAUGUUUGUGAAGCGGAAGAUUCCCGUGAGAUUUGGCUUAGUUCCUACUGUUUCGUCACCAGGUGCUAUUGCGCAGGCCAAGGUUGCUCAUUAUCUUCAAGACAAAUUUGGCCUAUCAAGCUUGCUACAAUAUUUGGAAGAGUCUCUCAAAAAGAAAAAGACAGCGUCUCCUGAUGCUUCCUGCUUUGAGUCCACGACGAAGGACCGGAACAUUCGUCCGGGAAGGCAACCUCUCUCAUUGGAAGAAGUUUUGGCAACCGAUGAGUAUGAAACCAUCGUUUCCCAAACAGCUAGCUACCAAUCUCGACUGGGAAUUAACCCCGGAAAACGCGACUUCUUCGUUAACGGUAUUCCGUUGACUCGCGAAGAAUCAUGGACGCAAGAGUUGAGCAUGCAGGUCAACCGGGACUUGCAGAUGGUUCAACAGAGCAUUUUUGAAGGCACCAUUGACGAUGAUGCAUCGUUUGCAAAGUUCUUGCUCUCUGAUGCUGUUGAUCGACGUAAUCCGUUGAUCAUUCCUCAGGAUCCCAAAGAUGUCCGCAUUCUGGACGUUGGGAAGAUUGCGGAUGCGCAUAAAGAUGCUUUGAACGAACUCCCCCGUCUGGCGUCGAGCGCAGAGAAUGUGCUAGGCAGUGCUCAUGUUCUUGUUGUUGGCGAUUUUGACUCUGAAAGCGGUGUUCAAUUGCUUACUGUGGCUUUGAACUCCCAAAAAGACCAUGGCCAAGCAGAGGUUCUUUUCUUGCACAAUCCUGAUGGACAGAAGGUCGCAAAAGAAUCUGCAAGACUUUACAAGUCGCUCAAAGAAGGCAAGAAGAUUGAUGCGACGCAGAUUCUUGUUGACGUACAGAGGUCUGCGAUAUCAGAUGCAGAAGCUGAAAGGAUCUGCCAGACCUGGGCAGCGUUGCAGCCUCUUGCUCGCGAUCUUGGUUUCGCUCCUGGAAAGACUGGCGUUGUUGUCAAUGGACGUGCAGUUCAUAUUCCAGACGGAUCUGCUCUUGACUCAGAGGACGUUAAUCUACUUUUGGCCUACGAACGCACGAGGCGAAUUAUGCCAGUUGCCAAGGCUGUUGACGACCUUGCAUUCGGCGCAAAGUUCUCUGAGCCUUUGGAAUUCGCGAAGCUUACGUCUUUGGCUGCUCUGUCGACCAUUUCAGAUGUGCCUGAGGGCAUGUUCGAAUCUUCUUCUGAUAUUCGGCUGAACUUGUUCGGCAAGUGGACUGCGUCGCCUUCGGUACUUACGGUAUCCAACUCGGAAGAUCCCACGAUCAACAUUGUCGUGUCCAUUGACCCAACAUCGGAAUUGGCCCAGAAAUGGCUUCCUAUUCUGAAGGUUGUUUCUGAACUGGCUGGAGUGCAGCUCAAGAUCUUCCUGAAUCCCCAAGACAAGAUUAACGAACUUCCAAUCAAGCGUUUCUACCGCUUCGUGCUGGACCCCAAACCCUCGUUUGCUGCUGACGGAUCUUUGGCACAGCCUACGGCGUCCUUCUCUGGUGUUCCUCUGGAGGCGCUGCUUACAUUGGGCAUGGAUGUUCCGUCAUCAUGGCUCGUGGCUCCUAAGGACUCUGUCUACGAUCUAGAUAAUAUCAAACUGAGCGCGGUCAAGAACGGAAAUGUGGACGCUAUAUAUGCACUGGAGCACAUCUUGAUAGAGGGGCAUUCGCGAGACCUCACAGACCGCUCUCCCCCAAGGGGCGUUCAGCUCAAUCUUGGCACAGAGGAGAACCUGGAGUAUGCGGAUACAAUCAUCAUGGCUAACCUGGGUUACUUCCAAUUCAAGACGCAGCCGGGAUUGUGGAAGAUCAGUCUGAAGCCGGGGCGCAGUCAGCAAAUCUUCAACCUUGACAGCGUCGGAAGUCUUGGUUAUAGCCCUAAGGUUGGUGAUGAUAACACCGAGGUAGCACUUCUUUCUUUCCAGGGCAAGACGCUUUUCCCGCGUCUCUCGCGCAAGAAGGGUCAGGAGCAGGAAGAUGUCCUGGAGACGGGUCCUAAGCCGGGAUCUGCGAUGGACUACGUGUCCAAGGGACUCAGUUUUGCCUCUGGCAUCCUGUCAAACGUGGGUGUUAGCACCGGAGCCCGUGCCAACGAGCACGCCGACAUCAACAUCUUCUCCGUCGCCAGCGGCCACCUCUACGAACGAAUGUUAAACAUAAUGAUGGUUUCCGUGAUGAAAAACACCAACCACAGCGUGAAAUUCUGGUUCAUCGAACAAUUCCUCUCUCCCUCCUUCAAAUCCUUCCUCCCGCACCUCGCCGCCGAAUACGGUUUCACCUACGAAAUGGUAACGUUCAAAUGGCCGCACUGGCUGCGCGCCCAGCGCGAAAAACAACGCGAAAUCUGGGGCUACAAAAUCCUCUUCCUAGAUGUUCUCUUCCCCCUCUCCUUGGAUAAAGUCAUCUUCGUCGACGCAGACCAAAUCGUCCGCACAGACAUGCACGAUCUCGUCACUCUAGACCUCGAUAACGCACCCUACGCUUUUACCCCGAUGUGCGACUCCCGCACGGAAAUGGAGGGCUUCCGCUUCUGGAACCAGGGUUACUGGAAGACCUUCCUACGCGGAAAACCAUACCACAUCUCGGCUCUCUACGUCGUCGAUCUAAACCGUUUUCGCGCGCUCGCUGCAGGAGACCGUCUCCGCGGCCAGUACCAGAUGCUCUCUGCGGACCCGAACAGUCUGAGCAACUUAGACCAGGACCUGCCGAAUCAUAUGCAGCAUAACCUGCCGAUUAAGAGUCUGCCGCAGGAGUGGUUGUGGUGUGAGACGUGGUGCUCGGAUGAGGCGUUGGGGGUGGCGAGGACGAUUGAUUUGUGUAAUAAUCCGCAGACCAAGGAGCCGAAGUUGGAGAGGGCGAGGAGGCAGGUUCCUGAGUGGGGGGUCUAUGAUGGGGAGAUUGCGGCUUUGGGCGAGAGAGUGCGGCAGCAAUAUGUGAGUGAGGAACAGGGGGGGCAGGUGGAUGCAGAGAGCAGAGAAGGAUCCGGGUGGGAUAAGGAUGAGUUGUAG